AUCGAUUUACGUUUACUUCCUCUUUCACAAUUUGCACGAAAGCUUCUUCUGCCUUUAAUGUUGGUCUUCUAUAAAAUGGCGACUGUUACCAAAACUCCAGAAAGUCAAAUAACCGGAGAGACUAACCUGAAAAAAUCCUGUUCUGUCUGUAACUGAUCUGGAAUUUUGAAUUCUCAGAUCUCAAUCGAAUUAGAUGGCCGAUGCUGAUCAGGAAUCGAGCGCCGGCGGUCCGGAAACAAUCAUUGUGAUACGGAGAUCGGAAGGGAAUGGAGAGAGUUCUAUGUCCGCCGCCGCCGCCGGAGAAGAGACGAAGGUGGAGGAAGAGAGAUUCUCGUGCAGUAUUGAUGUGGACUGUGGCGAUGAAGUCGGCAAAAAGGCGUGUUGCAGAAUAUGCCAGUUGAGUGAAAGAGAGGAAGAGUCGAUGAAGACGAAGAAGAAUGUGAUGGAUUUGAUUGAGCUGGGCUGUGGCUGUAAAGGGGAUCUCCGUUUCGCCCAUUUGCGGUGUGCUGAGGCAUGGUUUAAGCUCAGAGGAAACCGAUUUUGCGAGAUAUGUGGGGAAAUUGCGAAAAACGUAACUCGCGUGGGGAACGCGAAUUUCAUGGAAGAGUGGAGCGACGGAAGAAAUCCUGGAGACGGUGGAAGGCCCGGUGAGCGGUCAAGAGAUUGCCGGGAACGGCAGUCGUUCUGUAACUUCUUGAUGGGCUGUCUGGUUUUAGCGUUUGUUCUUCCUUGGUUUUUCCGUUUAAAUUUCUGAAGGCAAGGUUUCUUUUUUUAAAUUAUGUUUUGGGGCUAUACUCUCAAUAAUUGUUUCCUAAAUGAGUGAUUCAAUUUUUGUGUCUAUAUGUUUGUCUAAAAAACCAGAACUUUACUGCAAUCUGAUUAGGAGUGCGAACCCAAAUCCAGAAAAAAUAGUUGAUUGAUUCUAAAUCCG